AUGCCGUCUCGGAAGCGCGCCGCGGAUGAAAUGGAGACGGAGGUAGCCGUCGAGGAGCCAAGCACACUACAGAGGCUGCGCAAUAUGUGGGAGUUUGCGAACCUUGCCCAGUACAUCAGCCUGUUCGGCGAUGCUGUGAAGAUCGACAAGGACCUUGACAUCGAGGAGUUGGAGUCCGAAUGCCUCAAGCCCCAGCCGUCAGAGAAACUGGCGCAGAUUGGCCUAGCGCUGCUGAAGCAUGUGUCGUCACACAAAGGCUUGACGCUCGAGAUAUUCGAUGAAUACACCCGCCGCCAGUAUGUUGCGAAAGCGCCUGCUCGGAACCCCUUCGGGACCGAAGAGGAGCCCGCCAAAUUCUACGACCUCGACGUCUUUACCAAGAUACGAGUACUACAACAGCUGUCCGUAUGGACGUUGAACAACCCAAACUCCAUCAGGGAGAGGAUGGCGGCAACAGACAGCGAGCAGACGCUUUGGCGCAUGGAGCCUACAGGCUGGGAUUCACAGGAGAGGUCGCUCUUCGUCUUGGACGACAACCGCAUGUAUCGACUUACGGACCCACCGCCGCCACCCGAGCCAGUCAGAGCCAAGUCGAAGCCGAAGCCGAAAAAAUCAAAAGGAUCACGAUCGAGUAAGCGGCAAAAGAUUUCCACUCCCGAACCAGAGGAGCCCGCUGAGGAGGAACAUGCGAUGGCGGAGCAGGAGACUCAGCAGGCUGACAGCGGUCUCGGAGGCAAAAAGUGGGAAUGCAUCUGCGUCACGUUGGAAGACUACCAGGAAUACAUGAACAUUAUCCGGAAGAGUCGCGACCCAAACGAGAAGGUCCUACUCAAACGCCUUCAGGAGGAUGUAAUCCCCGUGUUGCAAAGUCAGGCUGAGGAACAGGCAAGGAAGCAGGCUCGCAAGAUGAAGGAGUUGGAGAACAUGCAGAAGCUAGCCAUGGCCAAGCGCUCAUCUCGCAUUUCCUCGCGACUCGAGAAGCAAAAGGAGGUUGAGGAGGCUGAGGCAGCCGAACGGAGGAGGCAAGAGGAGCUUGCAAUGGCCAAAGCGGAGCAAGAAAAGCAGAAGAAACUAGAGGAAGCGCACGAUUCCCGCAGGAUGACACGCGAGCAGCGGCUCAAGGAGCGUGAGACGGCCAAAAUACUCAAGGAAGAGGAGCUGCGUAGACUACAAGAGGACGAACAAAAGCUAGCGUCGAACAACGCCAGGCUGUCAGAGCGACACUUGAAGGCAAUGAUGAAGAAACACGAGAGCGAUCUCAAGAGACUGAACGAAGAGGAGGACUGGUUCUUUGACUGCGAAAAGUGUGGCACGUACGGCUCCAACCUGAACGACAAUACGCCUCAGAUAUCAUGCGAGAAGUGCAAUGUCUGGCAACACAUGAAGUGCCACGGCAUCACAGAAGAACAGGCCGACGAUUCAAAAUUCGUAUUUGUCUGUACUUCAUGCAAACGCAAGGAGGCAGAGGUGGAUCAGCAGAAACUUCCGUCUUUGAAGUUGCGGAUAACAUCACAGUCGCCGUCCUCUAAUAGCCAGGUACAGAAAAACGGCGCAGAGCCUUCUGUACCGGCGCGCCGGCCUGAACAGGUACACAUACCAGCAUAUCAACCGUCCACGCACUCGGCUCAGCCAUGGGCUGAUGGCCCAAGUCUAUCCCCACGCGGCCAAGCUCUUGGACCACCUGGUAUCCAAAGAUCGGAGGCGGCGUACGGAUCACCAACAAAGGGUGCGAACGGCAGCAUGUCGUCGCCAAUACGAACCCGCACGCUGUCUCCGAGCCAAAAUCCUAGAAACAGUUACCCUACAUCAUCACCCCCGCCAUACAACCUAGAGCGAAUCCCAAGCAGCCCAAACAAGAGCUUCCACAUGCCGCAACCGCAGCAAAAUGGUAGCUCGUUCGGCGGACCGAAUCCAUUCAGCUCCAACUUUGUACCAUCACAACCUGCGCCAUAUUCGCGAAGCUUCAGCCGACCAGCAUCAGCUGCAGGCCCGGGUGGCUCUCCAGUAAAACACUCGCCGGCUGCUUCACCUCGUCUAGCUCAUGGCCUACCGCCGAGCUUCAACUUCAAUAGUCCGCAUUCAUCCUUUCCACCGAGCUCAGCUCAUCGACCGUCCUUUUCACCCACCAAACACAGCUCACCGGCUCCCAUGCCUGCACACAUGUCAUCGCCAGCGCCAGCACCAGCACCGAUGAGAAUAGUCCCCUCCCCAUCAGCACAAAUGCCAGCUCGUAUGUUGCCAGACCCUAUUCCAGCACCAUCAAAACACGACGGCAUGCGACCAGUGUCCAGCCAUCAAAUGUCCGAGACACCCAUCUUUCCUCCUGUUAGGAGCUUGGAGCCCCUGUCCAGUCCUACGAUUCUGGAUCCCCCAAUCAAGAAAUCAAGCCCCAGGCCAGAUAAAUUUCACUCGCUGACGAACGGGACCAACGGCGUGGAGAAUAGUAGCAGUGACCAAUAG